CAGUAAACACACAGCAGCGGAUCCAACAUGGCGCCCCAGCCCUCCUGGCUCCGGGCCGCGGCCCUGGUACUCCUCUCGGUGUUCCUCACGGUUCUGCUCGGUCUCGGUUUACCGGCGCUGCUCAACCAUCUCACGCGGCUGCUCGGACUUCCGGAGAGCAGCGUCACGGAGUGCGUGGUGCUCGUGUACGCGGGGCUCGUGCUGCUCGUCGCGACGCCCCGCAUCCCCCGAGGACUGGAGCAGGUGAGCGGUCGAGCCGUGUUCAUCACCGGCUGUGACAGUGGGUUCGGUCACGCGCUCGCCAAACACCUGCACGGCCUGGGCUUCACCGUGUUCGCUGGAUGUUUCCUGAAGGAUCAAGGUGGAGAAGGAGCCAAGGAGCUUGAGGAGUUCCACUCGGAUCGCAUGAAGCUGGUCCAGCUGGACGUGUGCAGCGAGGAGCAGGUGAACCAGGCUGUUGAAUUCAUCAAAGAGAACCUGGAAGACUCUGAAAGAGGUCUGUGGGCCGUGGUGAACAACGCCGGCAAGUCAACCUUCGGAGAGGUGGAGUUUACCUCCAUGGACACGUACAAGGAGGUGUCAGAGGUCAACCUGUGGGGAACCAUCAGGGUCACCAAAGCUGUUCUGCCCUUAAUCCGCAGGGCCAAAGGUCGUGUGGUGAACGUGGCCAGCAUGUACGGCAGGAUUGGAAAUGUCAUGCGGUCUUCUUACUGCGUGUCUAAAUACGGCGUGGAGGCCUUCUCCGACUGCCUGCGCUACGAGAUGAAGCCCUGGGGAGUCAAAGUGUCCAUCGUGGAACCCGGGAACUUCAUCGCGGCCACCGGCAUCCUGACCCGCGACAUCGUGACCAGCACGGCCCACAAGCUGUGGAGCGACGCCCCCUCCGGCGUGAAGGAGGACUACGGGAAGGCCCACUUCGAGCAGCACGUGGCUCUGAUGCGUUCCUUCUGCAGCAGCGGGAUCAAGAGCAUGGCGCCCGUCUUGGACGACAUCACCGACGCCAUCGUGUCCAAACGCCCGUACGCACGAUACUGCCCCUCCGAGCCGCACUGGUGGAUCCGACUGCAGCUGAUGACCCACCUGCCCACCGCCCUGUCCGACCUGCUCUACUUCUAAAGGAGAGUUCUUCAGAUCACAGGUCGAUGAUUCUUCAACAUUCUCAGAGCUACAGACUUUGCUUUCUGUUCCUCAGCACUCGAAGUCGUUCACUGAUCAAGCCUUAAAACUUAAUGGUUCCUUUCAACUGUGAGUAAACUAUUGCACUUUUGUACGUGGUACAAAUACCACAGCUUUAUCUAUACAUAUAGAUUCAGAGAUAAGUAUAUAACACACUUUUGCUGUGAUGCCUUCUUCUUUAAAAAACAAAUUUUUCUCUAUCCUCUUUUUGUUCCUGAUUCUUGUUAUUGUUUUGCCUUAUGUGAAUCUCCUGGGGAAGCCGGGGGUGCAGCUGAGACGACCCCUGCGGUUCUGUUGUGGUUCUGGCCGGAACAAACCAAGGUCAGCUACUGUAAGAGUUUGGCGAGAUUUGGCUCGACUCGCCACCAAAGUUACGUAACGGCAACACAAGCGCACUUUGUCUCACAUACUCGUGAGACUCGGACAGUUUGGUUGAAUGAUGUGAUGAAUGCGCUUAGACAAAAAGGUUAGGCCCCGCCCCCCCGUCUUCUUCUAGGGGGAAAGUAUUUUGUAUUUAAAAUAAUGGCAAUGAAUAGAGCAUUUUAUUUUUGAAAAUAUUUGAAUCUCAGUAUCUCUUUUCAAUAAAUGAUUUGAAAUAAA